GGCAUAAUAUUUUGCAAUACAUUUUGAUUUGACUCAGUACACAACCAGUCUUAGUAUCAACCAGAUCUUUUUACAAUUCACAAACAAUAAACUAUUCAUCGAUUUCGUAAACGAAAAGAAUAAAAACUAUUCUAAAUAUGGCAAAAUUUACGUUUGUUUUGGCAUUGACAAUAAUAUUCAUCGCAACGAUUGAUGCAGCAACCUCUGGUGAAUGUCCAUUGUCAUCGCAAACAUCAUCUUGUUCACCAAAAUGUUUACAAGAUCAUGAAUGUUCGGCAAUGGGUGGUAUAUGCUGCCCAAAUCUCUGCAAUACAAAAUCAUGCGUUCGACCAAAAGCCGGCUCGCAAGGAUCCAGCAGUGGUAGCUACAAAGGUUCAUCAACUAAAACCGCAACCGGUGUUUAUUGUGGAAAUGUUAAAUGCAGCGCAUAUGAAAAGUGUGCAGAGGACAAAUCAAGUAAACGUCAAAAAUGCGUGAGAACAUAAAACUACAUAUCAACAUUCGAGCGCACUUUUAAAUACGAAAUUCUUCAGUCAAAAAAUUGCGUCUCAUUCUACAAUGAUGAAAUGAAGCUAAUGAAAUGAUAAAUUCUUUAAUUGGUCUACAGCGUAUAUAUAUUCUACAAAUUGUGUUUAAUGUUUCCUGUUUUUAUUUUUCUCUCGUUGUUUUGCAUUAAGUUU